CCAUCUUGAUAGCGGAGCUAUUUACUGCUGAAAAGGCAGAAAUGAAUGGAAAAUCCCUCUAUUCUCUUCCCCUGGCAUCACUGAUAGUUCUGGCUCAAUCUCCAAAGACUGGAAAUCCGAGAUCAUUUGGCAGUCGGGCCCCGCCACCCUUCCCUCCCUCCUUUCUCCUUUCCCAGCAUGCCCCGCCCAGUCUUAAGGCUGAUCCCACUUCCCGUCCCCGUGAAGCAGCAUCAGCCAAUGGGAACGAUCGCGUGGGACGCGGCCGGUUUCCAUGGCAGCGGCUGGCGGGAGAAGGGGGACAUGGUUUCCUAGCAACAGAGACAGAUGCUGAGAGGCUCCAUCUGGACGUAGUCUGGGUGGGAGUCCCAAGGACCCUCGAAUCUGAGCCUCAGGCGCCAGCAGAGCUCCUUCCAGGAAUGUCCAGGCGCUAGCUUUUCCCAUAGUUUCCUCUUGUCCAGGGACAGCCCUUCCCUGAACCCUGGGAAUAAUAAGCCUUCAGAAACCCUCUAUUCUACCCGGAACUUCAACCUUUAUUUCCCCUUCUCUCACCUUCGUUUCUUCCCUGACUUCCCAGGAUACGCUCCCCAUUUUCUAAAUACCACGGGCUUGGCCACAACCUGCUCCCUCAACCCAGGCGAAUCCUUUCUCAUAGGCUAAUUUCUGCUCCCUCCCCUUAGGGUAGGCUCCAUCCUACCCUUUAUCCAGAGGCUAAGGACUCCUUUGCAGAGGCUUAAGCAUGGUUCCCCUACACUCCCCAGCUCCCUCCUCCUACCCCAAGUUUAGCUCCUUCUCCUCGCGGUCGCGGCGACCGCCAAAAAUUCCACAGAGCCGACCACCUCCCGUCCAUCCUGGAGUCAAGCCUCCAGUUCAUGUGCAGAUUAAUGAGCUGCACAGGAAAAUCCAAAUGCUGGAGGGCGACCGUAAGUCCGUCUAUGAGAGCACUCAAUGGACCAUCAAAAAGAACAAGGAAACUAUUAAACGUCUUCGAGAAGAGAACAGGAUAAAAUACCAGAAGCUGGCAGACUUGUUCAGUGGUGAGGAGAGAGUGGUACGCUGGAUCAUCCGAGAGUGGACGGAGGAAAAACCUUACCUGAAAAACAAGGAUGGGGAGUGUGCCCUUGCCCUUGUGGAUUACCGGCUAAAUGAGAAGAUGAAACAGCUAAAUGCCCUUCGACAUGAGGCAGAACAACGGCAGCAACGCAUAGCAGAACUCCAGCUCCAAUAUUCACUUCGAGAGCUGGAGACAAAUGAAUUUCAAGACACUGACAAUGAGGUGGCAAAGACUAUUCGAAACCUGGAAAAUCGACUGGAAAAGGCCAAGCUGAAAGCUGCUGAAGCAGAACACAUCACUCGAGUUUACCUGCAGCUGAAGGCUUAUAUGCAGGAUGAGAGCCUGAACUUUGAGAACAGACUGGAUGCAAUGGAGGCUGAAGUCAUUCGACUAAAACGUGAAUUAGCAGAACUGCACUCUGUGACCCAGGAAGCCACAAAUGCUCGGGAUGCUGCUAAGAGUGAACUUCAGAAGCUGGAAGAAAACUUAUUCAGAGAUAAGAAGGAGAGAGACAGGGUAUUGCUGGAAGCCAAGAAGCGAACAGAAGAGAAGAAGCUUCAGAAUGAGCGGAUUGAGAGGAAGACCCAGCAGCGAGAUCAAGUAGCUCUUCGGUCUGAAGAAAUCUUUACAGACGCCCAGGGGACAAAAACAGGCAAAUUAAAGAACCGAUGGGAAAUGUUCCAGACAGAGGCUGCCUUUGAUAAGAUCAAGGUUGCCACCGGCAUAUCUGACCCCAGUUCUGUGGUACACAGGUUCCUGGCCCAGAGUGAGACUUUCACUCAUCUGGAGAACCUGAAGCAAGAUAACCAAGUGACACUCACCACACUGAAAGUCGACAAGAAGCGUCUGCAGCAAGAGCUCACUCAGCUCAAGUUUUCUGGCGAGACCAAGGCCAUCAGGCAUAAGGAGAUUGUCUCGGAGCUGCAAAAACAUCUGGACAUCCAGGAGAAGCAAGUAGCAGAAGCUAAGGAGGAUAUGCAAAACACCAUUCAUGCACUGCAGACUGCCAAGGCUGGGAUUGAGCACCUGGCUGAAAAACUGCAGCAUAUCCCUGUGGAGAAAAGCAAAAAGGAGCUAAACCCCAAUGCCCCAGAUUAUGUACUGGACCUCAUGGCUCAGGUUGAGGAGAAGGUGCUCAAGCUUCAGAGUGAAAUGGAGGAACGCAAUGUCCCAGAACUACUGCAAAAGCUUGCUGAGCGGGAGUAUUAUGCCACCUUGGAGGGGAAGCUCCCCCCGCACAACACCCGCAUCGUGCUGCCCACAGCUACGGCCAAGGAUAAGUUCUUUGAUGAGGAAGAGAGUGAAGAUGACACUGGGGAGAUAGUGACCCGAGCAUCCUUGAAGUUCCAGUCUCAGAAGCUCAUAGAGUCCAAAAGCAAGAAGAAAGGCCGAGGUCGAUCCCGCCGGCGGUCCUAGAUGCCACAUCCUUCCGGCCUGGCUGCUAGCGCCCCUCCAGGGGGACAGUCACAACCCCCCAUCUGGGCCAGUUAAAGCAUCUCCUGGCCCCGCCCAGCCCCAGGUUCUUUCUGGAGGGCCCAAACGGUGGACCUGGGUCCUCUCCCCUUCUUCACGACCUAGCUAGAUGAUCUGGCUUCCCUCCUACCUAGGAAUAAGUCUUAGCCUGCAGAGCCGGGCAAGCACGGCUUGGAGCCUUUUCCCACCCCUGCGGCCUGGGAGAGUAGCCAUGUCCCUGUCCCUCGGGAGGCAGGCUCGGGGCCUUGCUGGCCCGGCUUAGGGGAAGUGGGACCGAGUCCCUGACCGUUCCCACCAUCAAUCAUAAAUCUCCUAGGACUGGGAAGGUCUCAAAGGCCCUGGAUUACACUCAGGGUUCACUGCCCGCCUCCCAGUGGUCAUUUUUUAAAUCAGGCAAUAAAAGUUACCAAGGA